AUGGGUGACUGGAGCUUUCUGGGGAGACUGUUAGAGAACGCGCAGGAGCACUCCACGGUUAUUGGCAAGGUUUGGCUGACGGUACUGUUUAUCUUCAGGAUCCUGGUGCUGGGGGCUGCUGCUGAGGAGGUCUGGGGAGACGAGCAGUCGGACUUUACAUGCAACACUCAGCAGCCUGGUUGCGAAAAUGUUUGCUAUGACAAAGCCUUCCCCAUUUCUCACAUCCGCUUCUGGGUGCUGCAGAUCAUUUUUGUCUCCACUCCAACUCUCAUCUAUCUGGGCCAUGUCCUGCACAUUGUACGCAUGGAGGAGAAGAGGAAAGAGAAAGAGGAGCUGAAAAAGAAGGGAAGCGGCAAAGAUGGCAACUACCAAGUAGCAGCAGCAUCUGGCGGUGGAGGAGGCAGCAAUAACGUCAGAGAUCAACCUAUUGUCAAAAGGGGGAAAGAGAAGCUCCCAAUCCGUGAUGAACGUGGUAGAAUCCGUAUGGGGGGUGCCUUGCUCCGUACCUAUGUCUUCAAUAUCAUAUUCAAGACACUGUUCGAGGUGGGCUUCAUUGUGGGCCAGUACUUUCUAUAUGGCUUCGAGCUAAAGCCAGUCUACCAGUGCAGCCGCUCACCUUGUCCACAUACUGUGGACUGCUUCAUCUCGAGGCCCACUGAGAAGACCAUCUUCAUCAUCUUCAUGUUGGUGGUGGCCUCAGUCUCCCUGCUGCUGAACAUGCUUGAGAUAUAUCACUUGGGGUGGAAGAAGCUUAAGCAGGGCAUGACAAGCCAGUACAUCCUAGAGAUGCCUGUCACAACGAUGACACCAGUUAUGGUAACAGGGGAGUCCAAACCUCUUUCCCUGCCGCCACCAGCACCACCUGUGGUGGUCACGACUGCCACGCCGGCCCCUGUUCUGCCUGACACCCGUGCUGUCACACCGCUGCUGGCCCCAGUGACCAUGGCAUCCUACUAUGCUACAGCUGCUCCGAGACCACGGCCCCCCUCCAACACGACGUCCAUGGCAAGCUACGCUGCUGCUCCACAAGUUCCUGAGGAGAGGCACCGUGCCGUGACUCCCACACCCAUCUCCACUCCCGUUACCAUCCCAACCCCCAUCCCCACGCCCACGCCAGCUGUCAUCAACUACUUCAACAGCGGCAGCCGUGCCCCGCCAUCCGAGCAGAACUGGGUCAACAUGGCAGCUGAGCACCAGGGGAAGGUUUCCUCCAGCUCAGCAGGCUCCUCUACCCCCAGCAGCGUCCAGCAUCCCCUUCCUGAGCAGGAAGAGCCAUUGGAGCAGCUACUCCCACCCCCGGCUGUGCUGCCCAUCACCGCGGCCAACAGCAGCAGCAGCGCCAGUCUGAGCGGGGCGAGCGGCAGCAAGUGGGAUGUGGAGGGUGAGGUGGAGCUGUCGGGGGCACGGCCCGUCUCGGCUGCCUGCACCACGGUGGAGAUGCACGAGCCACCACUGCUCGUAGACACGCGGCGCUUGAGCAGGGCCAGUAAGUCGAGCAGCUGCAGAGCCCGGUCAGACGACCUGGCCGUGUAA